GUGACAGAGGGGAAACUGAGCGGCGGGGUGAAUCCAUUGGGAGUGAAAUUCUACAACCGGCUGAUCGACGACCUCCUGGCCAACGGUAUCAAGCCCUUCGUCACCUUGUUCCAUUGGGACCUCCCACAGGCGCUCGAUGAUCAGUACUCCGGUUUCCUCAGCUCCAACGUUGUGGACGACUUCCGUGACUACGCCGACCUGUGCUUCAAGCUAUUCGGCGACAGGGUGAAGAAAUGGUGCACCCUCAACGAGCCCUACUCCUACAGCGUCAACGGCUACAACGGCGGGAGCUUCGCGCCGGGCCACUGCUCGCGCUACAUGGGCAACUGCACGGUCGGCAACUCGGCCACCGAGCCCUACAUCGCGGCCCACAACUUGCUCCUCUCCCACGCGGCCGCGGUCCAGCUCUACAAGUCCAAGUACCAGUCGGCCCAAAAGGGGGAAAUCGGAAUCACGCUAGUCACCCACUGGUUCGUGCCCAAAUCUCCCAAAUCUGCGGCCGACUGGGAGGCCGCGGAGAGGGCGCUCGACUUCUUCUUCGGAUGGUAUGCCCAUCCUAUUACUUAUGGCGACUAUCCGACCAGCAUGAAGAGGCUGGUCGGGAAAAGACGGCCCCGGUUUACCUCGGAGCAGUCUCGCAUGCUGCGAGGGUCGUUGGAUUUUAUGGGAGUCAAUUACUAUACUACCAAUUACGCUGCCCAUAAUCCGGUCCUUCAAGGGGUCAACGCCAGCUACUCUUCCGAUUCUCAAAUCAUAUUCACAACCCACUUGCAUGUAGAUUCCAAGGCUGGGGUUCCUAUUGGUACACCGACAGGUCUGAAUUGGCUGUUCAUCUACCCUAAGGGAAUUUACUGGCUAGUGCGGUAUGUAAAAGAGAAGUACAAGAAUCCCCCAAUCUACAUCACUGAAAAUGGUCUGGCCGAUGCUACUAACGACACGUUGCCUCGGAGUGUGUUCAUCAAAGAUGGGAUGAGGAUCAAGUACCUCCAUCUACACCUGCAGAACCUUCUCCUAGCUAUCAAAGACGGAGUGAACGUGAAAGGGUACUACUCGUGGUCUUUGUUCGACGACUUCGAGUGGGACGCGGGUUAUCAGGUGCGGUUCGGGAUGAUAUACAUUGAUUUCAAGAACAAUCUCAAGAGGUACCUCAAGUACUCGGCUUAUUGGUACAAGAUGUUCCUGUUGCACUGAUCAUCAACGGCACCAUUGGUACCAUUUAUAAGGAUGUGUUUGUACUUUGUAAG